AUGGCCUCCGUCACAUGCCUGGCCAUUCAGCCAUCUCUGGAUAUUUCAAAGUGUGAACCUGUCGUCACAGAGCUCAAAGGAUGCGAUUCACCAAUAUACCCAUCUGAGAUGGCCAAGGUGAAACGAAUCGAUCCACCGGGAAAUGUGCCCAAAUCUUCAUCUCGUCGAGAAUCGCAAACAUCGACUAGUUCAAGUCACCCUCGCUCGGCAUCCCGCAGCACUGUGCGAUCGCGACCCAAUAGCCGUCGUAGUUCCUUCCAUUCACCGCGCCGGGCUGUGCCCAACGCUGCCAUCGUGCCUGUCACAUCACCUCGCACUUCUACGACUUCUACGCAAGACAAGCGAGAGUCACUACUCGCGCUACACCGGGAGUCAUGUCGUCUGUUCCAAGGCGAUGGAUCGAACAGAUCCUCGAUCGAGACAAGACCUUCUCUGCGCCGGACAGCAUCAACUACAUAUAGAUCCCAGCGAGAGGGUCGUAUAUCAACAGAGAAAGGGAGCUCAGAACCUUCCUCUCCUGUUGCACUUUCAUAUUCCAGCUUCCGCUUUGAGCCUGAGUCUACUUCAGCUCCACCGAGGAGUGCACCACACUUCGUCACAUCAAGAGAUCGAUCAAAUACCUUGCCCAGCCGCCACCACCACAGUCCCUCAUCCUCAUCCAUUCAUGUCCCGGCGACAGUAAUGGAAUGGACCUCACCCGAUACCCGGCGGCGCGAGUAUGAGAAAAUCGACCGGGCAAGCAGUGGUGUCCGAGGGUUCUGGCGUCGCGUUGCACCUCGCUGCUUCCAAACUCGCGACUCACGCACCCCGUUCUUCGAGGAAGGCAAAUCCGAGCGCGAAGGCAGUGUACGACGGUUCCGCAUGGAUCUCCCUGAAGAUGAAGAAUUACCUUCCCCUCGAGGAAAGCCACAGGUCCAGGUCUUGGAUCUCCAGGGCAAGAACACUUCCAACUCGAAUUCAAAUCCAUCGGAUGGCGCUCGAAGACGGUGGGGGUGUCUUCGUUCAAAGUCUUCUACUCUUCCUAAUGCCUAA